UGUUUCAUCCUUCUCGAGUGAGACGACGCCAGGAUCGAUCCAGCAAUGCGUCCGAGAAGAAAAGGACAGAAGAGCAACGGCGGCGCUAUUAUAUAGCUGCAGUCGCGUGUGUAUGACGUCACGUCCGGUUGCAGGAGUCCUGGAGCCAAUCCCAGCUGUCAUGGGCAGGAGGCGGGGUAUACCCUGAACUGGUUUCCGGACGAUAUAUAUCCAGUAUCCAAGCCGCUCAUCCUCAUAAGGGUCACGGGAAAGCAGGGGCCUAUCCGGGCCAGCUCUGGGCGAAAAGGCAGACCACACCCUGAACUGGCCGCCAGUCAGUCGCAGGGCAGAUGUAUCUGACACUGAGCGGGAAUGGAUCCCGCGCUGCCCGCACCGAAGGGGCGACAUCCAUCUUGACCCGUGCUCGGACGUGGAUUCAGUCCGACAUCAUGUUGCUCCCUACCGAGGGCGACAGGAUCAUAACGCGCCUGCCCAAGUGCUUCAGUCCAAAAGCGUCGCUGCGGACCGACGAGCUUUUCCAUCCUCGGGUGCAGGCCGCCUGUCGGACGCGCACGGAAGACGCCGUCAGCUUCAACGUCGCCAAAGUCAUCGUUGUGGGGGACGUCUCGGUCGGGAAAACGUCUUUGGUGAGCAGGUUCUGCAGGGGCGCCUUCGACAAGAACUACAAAGCCACCAUCGGCGUGGACUUCGACAUGGAACGCUUCCACGUGCUCGGCGUGCCCUUCAGCCUGCAGCUGUGGGACACGGCGGGUCAGGAGCGCUUCAAGUGCAUCGCCUCCACGUACUACCGAGGGGCUCAAGGUGAGGGAGUCGGAUUAGUCCGAGUCCAAACAAAAUUGCUCCGACGUGCUUUUUUGUUUUGUUUUUGCAGCCAUCAUUGUGGUCUUCGACCUGAGCAGAGGGAGCUCCUUAGUCCACGCCAGUGGUUGGAGGACGCCAUGAGGGAGAACGACCCCUCCAGCGUUCUUCUCUUCCUCGUGGGCACCAAGAAAGAUCUCAGCUCUCCAGAGCAGCUGGCUCAGGUGGAAGAGGAAGCCGUCAGGACGUCGGAAGAACUCGGAGCCGAGUACUGGGCCGUGUCGGCAAAGUCGGGAGACGGCGUGAGGGAUUUCUUUCUCCGCGUGGCCUCUUUGACCUUCGAGGCCAAUGUCCUCUCCGAGCUGGAAAAACAAAACGGGAACACGACCGACGUCAUCAGUGAGUCGCCGUCGCUUCUUCAUCGAGCAGUCUGGCGUCCCGGAAUGUCAACUUUUGCUACGUGCGUUCAUUUUUCGCAACAAUGACGUGACGUCUGUCGCGUCAACAGGGAUCUCGAACGGCCCGCGGGACGAGCGCAAGCCGGGCAAGAGGAAGUCCGACUGCUGCUGAUGUGACAAUCGGGGGAGCGGACGCACGGAUCCGGCUGGCGCGUAAAUAAAAGUCGCCAAAGGACUUUCCCCCGCAUUCCCGUGUGGCUCGUUAACUUCCGGCGUCAUGUGCCC